AUAAAAGCUCAAAUAGUGAUGGAAAAGAAUACCGUCGAAUUAUGCUUUAAGAAACAGUAACAAUUGUGCUGCUGGUGUAACUAACUGUACACACGUUGGUCGGUCGGAGCUCGUCCAGAAACAACAUAAUGGCCGAGCUCGUUCACCGACACAAUGACAAGAAACGAAUGGAGAAACAAAUCGGUUGCAUGUCUAGUUUUCUUCAUAUCUUUGAUCGGCAACAGAUUCUGGCCCGAAAACGGAUACAUUCCGCUAAACGCCUCACACCUAGUGUCGGUGAGUCACCGGAGCCGAUAAGUUCCGGUGACUCACAAGAGUUCUGUAAAGAACUCGAAAAACUAGAGCCGGAGAAAGACCGGACAAUGUAUCCGGUAAAAUGCAUCAAUGAAUUGGAUAGCAUGCCGACAGUUAGUGUGGUCGCAAGACUCAUGGGACUCGAGUCUCUGUCGACAACACUAGAGAAACCGAUACGGAGAACGGGCUCGGAGUCUAGGGUUUCGAGAGAUCCGGUUCACUCGAAGUAUAUAGACAUAGACUGCAACAAUUUUCAAGUGAAACAGCCGAAUCAGGCACAUAAUUUGAAGCCGGAAUGUUCUAGAACAUCUCCCCGGAGUUUGGAAAAUCGGGUGGCAUUGACGAUAGAUGGAGAGUUGGAGAAGAGAUUGAAGAUGAGAGGAAUGGAUGAACAGUUUAAUGACUUGAAUGCAUUGAAACAAAUUCUAGAAGUUUUGCAGCUUAAAGGUCUUCUACAUUCAACGAAUCGUUCAAACCGAGACAGCCAACAGAACUUUGUUUACGAUCCGAAUGAAUCCAGCAUUCAGCUGAAAAAAUGGCGAUCAUUAGCCGCGAAAGUUGAUCAACAUAGAUCUGUAAAUGAUAGGAGUGUGAGGAUUCCGGCGAGAGUAGCAACAACUUCAACUAAUAGAAUCGAAAGCAACUUAAAAAGUUGCAACUCGAUUGUCAAAAGAAGACCAUUGAGCAUUGAAAUUGAAAGAAGAUCUAUCGCGUCUUCUAAUAUAUCAACUUCACCACUUGAUUCUCCCAAACUUACACCGAAAAAACCCGGAUCCGGGUAUCACUCCAUCACCAACCGAUCUCCGAGACACCAUAAAUUAACGGAAUCAAAUUCCGUUAAUUCUCCGAAGCAAAAUUUCAUCAAAAAAGAUGUUAGGGAUAACGAAUCAUCCCCAAUAUCAAAAAGCAUUGCUAAAUCAGCUUCUGCAACCAAUCUAGAGGUAUCCGAAUGGAAUGGUUACAAAGAUGGAAAACUUUUGUUAGAGAGAUGUGAUAAGCUGCUACAUAGCAUAGCGGAAAUGAAUAAUGCCUCCUCCGCCAGCGAGUCACCGCCGAGUUCAGCCGCAGUUUUACCGAGUCCAGUGUCGGUUCUUGACCCGGGAUUUGACAAGGACGAGUCAUCCUCUCCUUCAUACAGCAUUGAUUUCAAAGCAUCUCCAGCCAUUGAUUUCGAUGACGACAACUGGACCACUCAAAUUUCACCGACACAACAACAAGAACACGAAGAACUCAUAUCAGAUGACUCCGAUUUCAUUUACAUCUCGAAGAUACUUCGAGCACCACAAUACCUACGAGACAAUCCCAACGUCUUCUUGUCAAUCGAGAAACAAUUCUACGAUUCCAAAAACAUAUCAGACGACGUCUUUAAUAUAUCAAAAGGCCACCGAAAGCUUGUGUUCGACGUGAUAAGUGAAAUGCUGGAUAGAAAUAGACAAAUGCCACCAUGGAAGGUGUCGAUUAGAGACUCUCGAGCUUCGGUUAAACAAAUUUGGAAUGAGUUCCAAAAGAUUCGGGAGUUGAUUAUAAACACGGGUGAUGAUAUUGACCUAUUGGAAUUAAUUGCGCGCGUUCUAAAAAAAGAGGUUGAAGUCAAGGAUUGGGAUGAUUAUCCGAUUGAGACGUCGGAAGUAAUACUGGACGUCGAGCGAUUAAUUUUUAAGGAUUUGGUUGGCGAUCUGAUCGGAGAUCUUGUUGAAUUUUCCGGCGAGUGUGUGUUUUCUAGGACUCGACGGAAAUUGGUCUUCUAAAAGUUUACUAGAUGAGUAGCAGAAAAGAGUUUAUUGUAAUUUUCAUGGUGUUUUUCUGCUCUGAUAUGGUUUUGUUUCUUUUGUUUGUUCGUGUUUUCUUGUUAGUUUAGUUUUUUUACGAGCUAA